AUGGAGUACGACAGCCACUCAGCCCCUGCCGCUUCGCAAGCAUCUGAAGACGACUUUGGCAACGUCCUAGAGCCAGUCAUUGCAUCCUUUGACUACAAGGACAAGAAGCUAGGCAUUGCCUUCUACGCUCGUGAACAAGCAACGCUCUUCAUUGCUCAAGACAUCCAGCAUGAAGCACCACCGUGCUUCGACGCCAUGAAGCGUGCACGCUUCCAGAUCGAACCAGAUGUCAUCUUACUCUCAUCACGCGCAGACGAUGCCUUUCACAGCACAGAGGUGAAUGACCUAGUCUUGUCGGAUGCAGAUGAGACGCGCAAGCAAGUCAGACCGAGUCCAGAAUUCUCCAGCAUCAGUGCCAUGGGACGAUCAUGCGAGCUACGAGCUGCCAAGGACGCUGUACACGCUCAUAUCGCACCACGCAUCACGUUUGGUACCAGUUUGACUGACAGCGAGUCUCAUCAUCGACUUGCAGGUAUCAAGCUCGGUGGAAGUAUUGACGAUAGCGCCAUACUCUCACUUGGCUGUGCAAACGCUGUCUUGUGCUACAUUGAAAAGCACUGUGCUACUUUGCAUGGCGACGAAGAGUUGUCGACCUAUGUCCAUCAAGUAACGAUGUAUGCCCCGAAGAACCAUCUUACCAUCAGUCCAGACUCGUUGUUUGCGCUCGGCAUCUUUGGCGAUGAAGCACACCCUAAUGUCCAUGCGAAUGGAAGCAAAGAAUCUCUGACACUGUUCGGCGUUCUCAACACUUGUCGAACGGCGCAAGGAAAAAUCUUGCUCAGGAGCUGGUUUGCACAGCCUGCUAUGGACCUGGUGACCUUGAAUGAACGUCAUGAUGCAGUGGCUUGUCUCCUGAUGCCUGCAAAUCAGCACCUUUUGGGAUCUAUUGCAUCUUGCUUGCGCUCUUGCGCAGACAUGCGAAAAGUGCUUGCUCUGCUGCGUCAAGGACGUUUCCAUCACGGUCUCUCAAGCAGUAUGCGUGUAGCAACGGAGUGGCAGCGUAUCCUUCAAUUCAGCUUCAACCUCUGCAAGAUUCGUUCGAAUCUAAAGGACCUAUUGAGCGGUCAACAUGCAGUCCUCUUGGACCAGAUUGUUGCUGCUUGUCGUAUUGCAGAUCUCAAUGCCGUCGGCUCGCUUAUCAACGAUGUGGUUGAUUUUGAUGCUUCCCAAACUGAACAACGUGUCGUCGUUCAGCGUGGUAUCGAUGAUGAGCUCGAUCAACUGAAGGAGACGUAUGAUUCGCUCGACGGCGUUUUGAAUCAAGAGCGUCAGCGUCUCAGCGUCGCAGUCCCGCAAGCGUAUAGCGCCAGCGUACAGUGUGUCUACCUUCCACAAAUUGGCUUCUUGACAGCGAUGCCAGCAUCUGGCGCACCCACAACGAGUGGCAAGAAUAGCAUUACUUCGACAAUGCGCUUGGAAGCUCCAGUCGUUCCUGUUUGGCAGGACGAUAGCUGGAUCAUGUCCUUUAGCACUGCCGAGAACGUCUAUUUCAAAACACAACGCAUGACGGAGCUGGAUGAGUACUAUGGCGAUGUACACACACUGGUUGCUGAUCGAGAAAUCGAGCUACUCUACCAGCUGUCUGUGCGUGUCUUGAAGCACAGCGAACUUUUGGUGACGCUCUCUGAUCUGGUCGCAUCGCUUGAUUGUCUCGUUGCUUUUGCAGAGGCUGCAAAAAAGCACAAGUACUGUCGGCCUGAAAUGGUUGAAGCAAGUGUCUUGGACGUCAAGGGUGGUCGUCAUCCUCUGCAUGAGAUUAUCCUGGCGACCUUUGUCGAAAACGACACUCUGCUCAGGGGCGGCCCAUCAGAUGAUCAGAUGGAUGCGAUCAAUGCAAUAUUGCUGACUGGAGCGAAUUACUCUGGCAAGUCAGUUUACCUCAAGCAAACUGCGCUCAUUGUCUACAUGGCACAUAUCGGAUGCUUCGUUCCAGCAAGUUCUGCAGUCAUUGGUCUGACAGACAAGAUCCUCACACGCAUCAGCACUCGCGAAACGGUUGCAAAACCAUCGAGCGCCUUUCUACUUGACCUGCAACAAGUCGCCCUCAUGACUUCAACCAUGACCUCACGCUCACUGCUCAUCAUUGAUGAAUUUGGCAAAGGUACAGAGAGUACAGAUGGAGCGGCAUUGUUUGGGGCACUUGUUGAGCUAUUGACUGGUCAACUCGCAGAUCAUCAAGAUACACGACCUCGCACACUCAUUGCUACACAUUUCCAUGAAGUGAUCGAGUUGGGAUUCAUGAAGCAACCUCCAAAUCUCAAACUCCAGCAUAUGCAGAUCCAUAUACCCGAUGCAGGAGACGGCGUGCAAAAUGCUGGUGAGGCCAACAUAGACACGAAAUUGACUUACUUGUAUCGUCUCGCUGAUGGUCCAUCGCAUGGGAGUUUUGGUCUCAACUGCGCCAUGAUUGGCGGCGUGCAACCCGAUGUCCUCGCUCGAGCGGCUCAGCUGCUUGCAGUGACGAGUCGAGGGGAAUCGCUCGUUCAUGCAAUGACAGAGCUGACUGAAGAUGAAAAGGAAGACUUGCGCCGCGCAGAGAAGCUCGCAAGGGCAUUCUUGAGUUGGGACUUGACAGCAGAGCCGGUUGAGGGCAUCAAGGGCAGAUUACAGUCUUUGCUUACGCUGUAA